AUGAAAAGGUGGGAAGCUCUGGUUGAUCUGUUUCAAGCAUGCAACAGUAGGAAACCCUUAACACAACUCCACUCCCAGACCCUCAAAUCUGAGCUCUCUAACGACGCCUUCUUCGCCACAAAGCUCGCCCGAAUUGUGUUCGACGAAACGCCUCAGAGAAGCGUCCAUCUCUGGAACGCUACACUGAGGAGCUAUUGUAGAAAGAAGCAAUGGGAAGAGACGUUGUCUUUGUUUCACAACAUGGUAUCGGAUUGUUGGAAGCCGGAUAGCUUCACUAUAUCUAUUGCUCUCAAGGCUUGUGCCGGAUUGCAGGCACUUGGUUAUGGGAGAGUGGUGCACGGGUUUGUGAAGAGGAAGGAGACGAUUGCGUUGGAUGUGUUUGUGGGUUCGGCGCUGAUUGAGUUUUAUUCCAAGUGUGGGAAGAUGGGAAAGGCUUUGAAUGUGUUUGAGGAGUUUUCAAAGCGGGAUGUGUUUCUGUGGACUAAUGUGGUUAUUGGGUAUGAGCAGAAUGGUAAUGCUGCACAAGCGUUGGAGUUAUUAUCACGGAUGGUGAAGGUUGGUGGGGUUAAGCCUGAGGGAGUUACGCUUGUAAGUGUUGCUUCUGCUUGUGCUCAGCUUGCGAGUUUAAGACUUGGAAGUUGUGUUCAUGGUGUUGCGAUAAGACAUGGGUUGGCCGAUUUAUGUUUGGUGAAUUCUUUGCUGAAUCUAUAUGCAAAGACUGGUUGUGUUAGAAUUGCUACUAGAUUGUUUAGGAAGAUGCCAAAGAAAGAUGUUAUUUCUUGGAGCUCCAUGAUUGCUUGUUACACUCAUAAUGGGGAUGAACGCUUCAAGUUGAACGUUUUCAAGGAAAUGACUGAUUAGGGAGUUGAACCUAUUUCAGUAACUGUGACCAAUGCACUACAAGCAUGUGCAGUCAUUUGUAAGUUAGACGAGGGUAAGAAGAUCCACGAACUUGCUAUCAGGAAAGGUUGUGAGUUAGAAGUCACAUUAGUUACAGCCCUGAUAGACAUGUACAUGAAGUGCUCUGCACCUCAAGAAGCAGCUGAUAUCUUCAGAGGAAUGCCGAAGAAGGAUGUGGUUUCUUGGAUAGCUAUGCUAAGUGGGUAUGCUGAAAAUGGAAUGGCAUACAAAUCGAUGGGGAUCUUUCGCGACAUGUUAUUAGAUGAAACUCAACCUGAUGUUGUCGCUAUAGUUAAGAUUCUUGCAGCGUGUUCAGAAAUAGGGAAUCUUCAACAAGAUCUUUGCCUCCAUGCUUAUGUGAUUCAAACUGGUUUCAAGGAUAACGUCUUCGUUGGAGCUUCACUCAUUGAGUUGUACUCAAAAUGUGGUAGCAUAGACAGUGUGGUCAAGUUAUUUGAAGGGAUGGUGUACAAGGAUGAUGUUGCUAUCUGGAUUGCAAUGAUUGCAGGUUAUGGAGUCCAUGGACAAGGAAGAAAAGCUUUGAAUGUGUUCGAUCAUAUGGUUAGAUAAUCAGUUGUUACACCUAAUGAUGUAACGUUUACCUCUAUUUUAUCUGCGUGUAGCCAUUCAGGUUUGGUGGAAGAAGGUUUGGGGAUAUUCCAUAUGAUGUUGCAUCAAUACCAACUAAAGCCUAGACGCGAGCAUUACAGAAUAUUGGUUGAUCUUCUUGGCCGCAAAGGAGAGUUAGACGAGGCCAUGGAGAUUGUUGAGCAAAUGCCAAACCCAACUGAACCCCAUGUUUGGGGAGCCUUGCUUGGUGCCUGUCGGAUUCACCAGCUUGGUGUUGUAGCAAAGAGACUUUUGGAGUUAGAGCCCGAUGCUGCAGAUUAUUACGUACUAUUAUCAAAUAUAUACGCCACGGAUGAUAUUUGGGAAAAUGUAUUGAAUAUUAGAAAUGUUUUGAAGGUUAAAGGGCUGCAACAUAUGCCUAUAGGUUUCUAUUACUUUAGUGAAUACAUAAGCAAUCCUGCAACAGUUGGACAUCCAGUUGCAAUGCAGAGAUUCUUCGCUGACACAGAUAUUUUCUUAUUCUGGUCUUACGGAAAUUCUGGCGACAUUAUGGGACCAACUCUGACAGAACUUGCAAUUGAAGCUGUUAAGCGUAUAUAGGGAGAAAUAAAGGAGGUGAUUCUCCAGUGCCGGUUUAAAUAUUUUCCUCAUGUUGAUAGCCAAGCCAUGAUGAAUGAAAUUAGAGUGGUAGUGUUUACAAUAUCAGUAAAAGGACAAACAGAAGUGGUCAUUUUAUGCAUUGGUACGUAUGAGAUUGGAGAUUCAUGAUGGUGUGAAUAAUGCGAUUAAAUAUUGAAUAGACGUUCCAGUUUCCAUAUGUUUACUCUUCUCCCUGUGACUCUAUUAUUGAAUAAAGUUUGUGUUUCAUCAUUUCAGUUUAUUAGAGAGAUUGUAUUAUGCAUUGUUUGGUUAUCUGAAGUAGUUUGUAUUGUGGUUCAGCAAAGAGUCUUGGUCAACCUUAUCCAAGGGCAUAUUUGGAUUCUCUUGGGACAAACUUCUCUCAUGGGCCAAAUUUCGCCACUGCAGCUUCAACUAUCAGACUCCCAUAACCUCAUUAUAACAGCCCGUGGAUUUAGUCCAUUUUACCUUGAUAUUUAAUAUGUGCAGUUCCUACAACUAAAGUUUCAAAAUGUUUUGUAGUGCUUCGUUAUAUUUCGUGGAUUUUUGUUUACAAAAUACUACAAAUGUCGCAUAACGCUACAGAAGUCUACAAAAUAUUACAAACAUUAUAACUUAUAUAGUUAUA